GGGUUUUGGUUUUUUCCUUCUCUCCUUUCUAUCUUUUUUUUCUGCUCAGGAUUUAAAUGUCACUCAAAGCAUCCCCAAAUCAGCUUUCCGAUCGUCUCCGGUUUCUUCUGAGGCAUUAAUUGGAACACGCUGCAUUUCAAGGGCCUGGGUGUUUUACCCACGAAGGAAAUUUGCUCCAUCUCCAGCAGCAACCACUGCUCCUUUUGAUGUUGUGGUACGCCGUGCGCAUGCGCUUCACAUUAGAAUUACUGCACUGGCCAGAAUAAGUUGGAUCUCUUCUUCCCUUCACUGAAACCCUAAAUCAUAUCAAAAGCUAAAGGGAUGCUGAGAGUCCGGAAAAAGGGUUACUUUGGGAUUUGGUCAUUCCCUUUAAUAAUAGCCGUGGUGUGUGCACAGAGUGUCAAUGACCCUAGUAAUAUGUCACUGGUAAAAGAGACCGUGGAUAGGCUGCUGAAGGGCUAUGAUAUUCGCUUGAGGCCAGAUUUUGGAGGUCCCCCAGUGGCUGUUGGCAUGAACAUAGACAUUGCCAGUAUAGAUAUGGUCUCAGAAGUCAACAUGGACUAUACCUUGACAAUGUACUUUCAGCAAGCGUGGAGAGAUAAGAGGCUGUCGUAUAAUGUAAUACCUCUAAACCUUACUCUGGACAACAGAGUAGCUGAUCAGCUGUGGGUUCCCGAUACCUAUUUUCUGAAUGACAAGAAGUCAUUUGUACAUGGUGUCACUGUGAAGAACAGAAUGAUCCGUUUGCAUCCAGAUGGGACAGUCCUUUAUGGACUCAGAAUUACAACAACAGCUGCUUGUAUGAUGGACCUACGGAGAUAUCCACUGGACGAGCAGAACUGCACAUUGGAGAUUGAGAGCUAUGGCUAUACAACAGAUGACAUUGAAUUUUACUGGCGUGGGGGUGAUAAUGCAGUCACAGGAGUGACGAAGAUCGAACUGCCACAGUUCUCCAUUGUAGACUACAAGCUUAUCACCAAGAAUGUUGUUUUCUCUACAGGUGCCUACCCAAGGCUGUCUCUCAGCUUUAAACUUAAGAGAAACAUUGGUUACUUCAUUCUGCAGACCUACAUGCCUUCUAUUCUGAUCACUAUCCUGUCCUGGGUUUCCUUCUGGAUUAAUUAUGAUGCUUCAGCUGCAAGAGUUGCUUUAGGAAUCACAACUGUGCUCACAAUGACAACAAUUAACACCCAUCUUCGAGAGACUCUUCCCAAAAUUCCAUAUGUGAAAGCCAUUGAUAUGUACCUUAUGGGAUGUUUUGUCUUCGUUUUCAUGGCUCUGCUGGAGUACGCAUUGGUCAACUACAUCUUCUUUGGCAGGGGACCACAGCGUCAAAAGAAAGCGGCAGAAAAAGCUGCCAGUGCCAACAAUGAGAAGUUGCGAAUGGAUGUCAAUAAGGACAGAAGAAUAAUUGGCACAUAUCAUUGUCCAGAAAUGUAUUCAACAAAGAUGGAUCCACAUGAAAAUAUUUUGUUGAGCACACUUGAAAUUAAAAAUGAGAUGGCUGCCUCCGAGGCUGUGAUGGGGCUUGGGGACCCUAGAAGCACUAUGCUGGCGUAUGACACUUCAAGCAUCCAGUACCGAAAAGCUGGCUUACCCAGACACAGCUUUGGUCGCAACGCCCUGGAGCGACAUGUGGCACAGAAGAAAAGUAGGCUACGGAGACGUGCAUCUCAGCUGAAAAUUACCAUUCCUGACUUGACUGAUGUAAAUGCCAUAGAUCGAUGGUCGCGCAUAUUCUUCCCUGUUGUUUUUUCCUUCUUCAAUAUUGUCUAUUGGCUUUACUAUGUGAACUAA